AUGGACUCUUCUCUCAAGGAACAAAGUGGUGGCUCACCAAGUCGUCACAACUAUUCGUACAACCCAAUUGAGCUUGCAUCUAGCUUUCAGAAGCUCAAGGAUGCCGAGGAGAAGAAGAAGCUAGAUCAAGCCGCGAAUACCAUAUCGUCAUCUGAUCAAGUCUCCAAUGAUACAUUCGUCGUAGCUUCUAUUCAACUUACGGCAGGCGGGUUAGAAACGAGUCAGCUAGAAGGGUUCUGGAAUCGGGCCCAGGAGGCUGUGAUUCAAGCGGUGGAAAAGGGUGCAAAUGUCAUUCUAUUGCCAGAACUAUUCCUUGGACCAUACUUUUGUCAGACUCAAGAAGCUUCCUUGAUGAAUUUAGCGAUGGAAGAAGACGACUGCUUCAUCAUCAAGCGUAUGCAGAUCCUCGCAAAAACACAUGGCGUCGUUCUACCCAUCUCAUUCUUUGAACGGUCAGGCAAUGUACUGUACAAUUCAAUAGUCGUUAUUGACGCCGAUGGAACUGUCAUGGGGAAAUAUCGAAAGUCGCACAUCCCAGAUGGGCCAGGUUAUCAGGAAAAGUUCUACUUUACGCCAGGUGAUACUGGAUUCAAAGUUUGGAAAACUCGUUUUGGCACCAUCGGUGUUGGUAUUUGUUGGGAUCAGUGGUUUCCGGAAGCAGCCAGGUCUAUGGCCUUGAUGGGGGCCGAUCUCAUUCUGUAUCCAACCGCAAUCGGAACGGAGCCGCAAGAUGCCACCAUCAACUCGGCUGAUCAUUGGCAGAGGGUUAUGCAAGGCCAUGCAGCUGCUAAUAUGGUUCCAAUUGUGGCGAGCAAUCGAUUUGGUACAGAGAUACUGCUUCAUGACGACGGUUCUAAACGCCAACAGAUUACGUUUUAUGGCAGAAGCUUCAUCACCGAUGAAACCGGAGAAAUAAUCACAGAAGCACGACCUGACGAAAUGUCUCCACCCAUUAUGACGUUAACUGCAUCGUACUCUCCGUCUAAGAAUCGAGAGACACGUUUGGCAUGGGGGCUCUUUCGAGAUCGCAGACCUGAAUUAUAUGAUGUUUUGAAAACGAAAGAUGGAAAGUUGAGCUCGUCAGAUGAGUUCAAUGCCAGGGACGAAGACAAAGGUGCUGCUACCAAGAAGCGAAAAAAUUCGAGAUGA